UUAUGUACCACAUUAUAACAUAAAUGCCUCGAUUCGGCGUGCAGUCCUUCCCACAACAAUUGGAACCGUUGCAGCCACUGCUUGGCUGAAGGAUUUGGCGAUUAUUGGCCCUUCUGCGCUGACAAUUCUAAUUUUAUCCGUUCCCCAGUUUGUCGAAUUCAGCCCAAUUUGCCGUCCGUGACUGCAACAUUAUGGGUGCACGCCAUGAAAUACCCCCAAUGGCCAAUGGCCCAUCGCCAGCCCCGAUUGAGCCCCCGCCUGAUGGGGGACUGAGGGCUUGGACACAGGCAGUAAUGGGCCACAUGGUAUGCUUCAAUACCUGGGGAUACAUUGCCAGCUUUGGUGUCUUCCAAGCCUACUACCAGAAUACUCUGGGGGUAUCCUCGUCGGCAAUUUCAUGGGUCGGAUCCGUGCAAAUUUUUCUCAUCUUCUUUGUCGGGACAUUUUCAGGCCGUGCGCUGGACGCCGGAUUUUUCCGCCCCGUCUACUACACAGGGGUGCUCCUGCAGCUCCUUGGGGUCUUCAUGACCUCCCUCGCGACCCGCUACUGGCAGCUCUUCCUCGCACAGGGCAUCUGCACGGGGCUAGGCAGUGGUCUGCAGUUCUGUCCCGUUAUGGGAUUGGUGGCCACCUACUUUGCCAAACGUCGGGUCUUUGCCUUGGCGUUUGGUCUCGUCGGAAGUGGGACCGGGGGGAUGCUCUUCCCCGGCCUAGUCAAGGCGUUGAUGCCGAUCAUCGGGUUUGGCUGGACCCUGCGCGUCUUAGGAUUCGUCAUGCUUGGCACCAGUAUUCCGGCCAUGUCACUGCUGAAACCCCGGUUACCCCCACGGAGGUCUGGUCCACUCGUGGAAUGGUCGGCCUUCAAGGAGCCCACCUAUGUGCUCUUUUGCAUCGGCAUGUUCCUCAACUUUUGGGGUCUGUAUUUCGCCUUUUACUACGUGGGUGCCUUCGGUCGUUCCGUCAUUGGUUUAUCCUACUCGGAGUCGACCAAUCUCAUCAUCGUCACCAACGGGGUCGGCAUCGUAGGCCGGCUUAUCCCCGCCUUCUUAGCGGAUGCCUACUUUGGUCCCCUGAAUACUAUCAUCCCGCUGGCUUUAGGGGCUAGUCUGAUGAUGUUCUGCUGGGCGGCCGUGCACUCGGUCGCGGGGUUGUACGUUUUUGCCGUGUUAUACGGCAUGUUCUCCAACGGGGUACAGGGCCUGUGGCCAUCGACACUCUCCAGUUUGACUCCGGACCUCACCAAGACAGGGGUCCGCAUUGGUAUGGGCUUCACUGUCGUAAGCUUCGCCUGUUUAACUGGCCCCCCUCUCGGUGGAGCCCUCAUUGCCAGGGCAGAUGGUUACAUUGGAGCGCAAAUUUGGGGUGGAUUGACCUUCGCAUUGGGCGCGGUGGUUCUGAUUACCGCACGACUGUCGAAAACAGGGGCGUCUGUGAAGGCCAAGAUUUAAUUUAGAUCUGAUAUUUCCGAAUGUACAUAGAUUUGCAGCGGAUAUUCGCGGGAAGUCUACCAGUCUACACAUCUAUAUUAAGCACAUCCGGCGCCAGUCGAAAAUAAUUGUCGAUCAUCUUUCUCCACGACUCCGUCAAAGGGACACUUACAGCGACUUGUUUUCAAGUCUGACGGCGACCCGCCUCGUAUUGAUUACUCUGCAUAAGAGGAAUGGAGACGGAACCC